GCGACUUUACAGUUUUGGUUCCCACUGUGCUCAAAAGUCAGCCACAGGAGUUAAAGUUUUCUGUGAAACGCUUCGUUAAACCCAUUUCAUGCCACCUGCCCAGCAUCACAGACAGACAAGUCAGCAGAUAUGUUGGUUCCUCAGCUGCUCUUGGAGAGUCUGGAAUGGCUGACCAGUGAUGACUUCCAAACUUUUAAGUGGUACCUGUCGAUGAAAAUCUUGGAAGACUGCAGACCAAUUCCUAAGUCCCGCCUGGAGACGGCAUCCCAGAGAGAAACUGUGACAAAGAUGAUGGACAGUUACGGUGAAGAGUCUGCCGUGAACAUUGCUGUUGAGGUCUUGAAAAAAAUGAACAUCAACGAUGUUGCGAAAAAGCUAAUGAACGCAUACGCAGAGGGAAAAACAGCUGCACCCACCACCUGCUCCUCCGUUACUCCGGCACCUUCUCCUGGUCCUACCACAAUAUCAGCUCAGAAUGGAAGCAUGGUCUUUGCCCCAAAGAUCAUUGGUUCCAACAUUGGAUCAUUCACUAUAACCACCAACAACCCGUGACUUGUUAUUGUAUUGUUAUUUUUACAAUUAUUUGUUCAUAACUGAAUAAAACUGAAACUUUUCAGAUCACAAUAAACCACACACCCUCGGGGGCCUUUGGGUGCCCUGAGCAUCUAAGGCCUUGGAGUAAUUGCCCUCAUUGCCCUUUUGGCAAUUAGCAAACAGGGUUUUCUCAUCUGAAGCUGUUUUUAAGUGUCACAGAAGAAGUCCAAGUCUAAUGACCAUUGUGUUUUUGUACCCUCGGUACAUUUUAAUAGAAUCUGUAGUUAGAAAUGUACGAGAAAAUACUUUAGGCUAAAUAAACAACAACAAGCAC